CGAAAGCCCCAGCCCUCCGCUUACAACGCCCGCGUGCGCUUGCUCGCUCACGCACGAUAGUGUAAGAUCGCGCGUCACCUCCUCUUCUUCCACUGACAGUCUCGCGGUCAAGUUGGCGUAAAGCUUCAGGAGGCGCCCCCUCCUCAACCACCGCGUUAAGUCUCUCUUGAUUCCUGUCCAAGAAAUCCAAUUUGUUCCAACUUCUUACUUCCCACUCCUGCGAUCCCAAUCCCGAACCCUCUCCGCUUUCUCCUCCGGCUAACUUAAAAGAAGACUUUCCCCGGGGAUAUAAAUCACGGGAAUGCCGCCAGCCCCUACUCUCUUAUCUUUCUCCUCCGCCAGCCGCGCCUCCCCUCCUCUCCUCUCCUCCUACUCCAAAGACGAAAAGGGCAAGAAACCCAAACCCUUCACCCCGCCGCUCUCGCCGACCCGCCGCCUCCCCCUUCUCCUCUUCUCCGCCCUCUGCCUCCUCGUUGGCGUCGGCGGGAUCGCAUUCGCCGCCGUCGUCCUCCGUCGCCCUCCCAGGACCGUCACCAUCUUUCGCUGCGGCCGGGCCGAGGACGCUCUCAGGACCUUCCGCUCAAAGUCCCUCGCCGGUGGCAAAGAUGGCGUCGUCGCGCGGCCCAAGGUGCUCGGGUUCGUUGGGGUCCAGACGGGCUUCUCCUCGUCCGAUCGCCGAGCGGCACUCCGGAGUACCUGGUUCCCUCCCGAUCCGGAGGGCUUGGGAAGCUUGGAACGUGCUACUGGAUUAGCUUUUAGAUUUGUGAUUGGGAGAACAAAAGAUUCAAAAAAAAUGGCUGAUCUUCGGAAAGAGAUUGACAUGUACCAUGACUUCAUGCUUAUAGAUAUUGAAGAAGAUUACAUAAAGCUGCCUCAAAAGACGUUAGCUUUUUUUAAGGCAGCUUUCAACCUUUUCGAUGCAGACUUUUACAUCAAAGCUGAUGAUGAUAUUUAUCUGAGGCCAGAUCGGCUUGCAACUCUUCUUGCUAAGGAUCGACCCCAUCGUCUCACCUACAUUGGUUGCAUGAAAAAGGGCCCAGUCAUCACUGAUCCAAAGAUGAGAUGGUAUGAAAGUUCAGGCCAUUUGAUUGGAAGUGAAUAUUUUCUGCAUGCAUAUGGUCCCAUAUAUGCCCUGUCUGCUGAGGUGGUAGCUUCACUGGCAAUUGCAAGAAAUAAUAGUUUGAGAAUGUUCAGCAAUGAGGAUGUCACUGUUGGUUCAUGGAUGCUUGCUAUGAAUGUCAAUCAUGAAGAUAAUCGAGCAAUAUGUGAUCCUAAAUGCACAUCCACCUCUAUUGCUGUCUGGGACAUCCCAAGAUGUUCAGCUGUUGAUACAAGUUCUGGAUAACCGGCCAGAUCUGACCAAAUAUUAGUGGCUAUGAUGUCAGACAUGUCAGCUUCUGAUAGAAACCAGAUCGGCUUUCUUCACAAAUUUAUACACAAUCGUGGCCCUUUCGGUUUUAGUUGAAGAGCAUAUAAUUUAUAUUUUUUAAGUUAUCCACAAGUUUGAAUGCAGGAAUAUUUGGGCAUAAAUAUCUCGGUUCCUUGAAUGUUUCAAUUCAUAAUGAAAUCUGAUAUAGUGAUUGUCUGAAACAAGUAUUUAGUAUUGUUGUCAUGGAGGGUGGGGUUGCACAUUGCCAAUCUGUGCCAAAACCAAUAAGCAGAUGAAUAUAUGAAAUAUCAACCUGUGCCUAGUAGCUGAUUCCAACCCAAUGAUGGGUGCUGUUACUUGCCCACCAUGGUGCAUGCUGGUCACAACAGACCAGCAUGAGCCAGAAUUUGAAACUGCGGUCGUAAAUGUUUUCUUUCUUAAAGUAGCUGCAUUAAAUGACCCUUGUAAUUUUAGAAAAUAAAAUAGUUAGAAUUGAUCGCAACAUAGUAAUUGUAUCAUGGCAAGUUUUGCAGUAAUGCGUUUACAUAUAAUUCUUUCAAUCCCCAUUUUCGUAUGGACAUGUACUGCUAAUAUAAAUUUGUAAUUUCUUUUUAUUCCUCGUAAGACUUCAUCAAACUUGAUGUAAUGGUUUUUCAUGGGAACAUCACCAAUUGAUUUACUUUAUCAAUUGGCUGGUGCUUUGGGCAGAGUUCACAUUUCACUGGAAAUGGAGUUACUUGAUUCUGGGUGCUAGUUUCAUAACCAUAGUUGGAUGCUAGUGAACAAGUAUAUGAUAUGACAAUUUGAAGAUGAUUCUUAUCUGGAGCAAAUUUUCGACCCUAAGUUCAGAAAUUGCCCGUUUUAACCUGCCCUCAGACUAGGUUUGCAUUUACCAUAGUUGAUGGGCCAGAAGUGGGUACUUUGUUUGUUGAUGCAAGGCAAGUCCAGUUGGAUUUUUCUUCUGAAUAGCUUCCAUGCUUUAUUUAGUAGGGGAGUGGACCGGGAUUAUUUUCUUGUCUGGAGAAAAUUUUCUACCCUAAGUUCAGAAAUUGCUCAUUUUAACCUGCCGUCAGACUAGGUUUGCAUUUACCAUAGUUGAUGGGCCAGAAGUGGGAACGCUAUUGUUGAUGCAAGGCAAGUCCAGUUGGAUUUUGCUUCUGAAUAAUGCUUUAUUUAGCAGGGGAGUGGACCGGGAUGAUUGUAUGCAAUUAGUUCAAAACCUGGAGAAGACUUACUGGAAUAGAAAGGGUAUAUAGAUCAUCUCUCUAUCAUUGCUCUUCUAUUCAUUUGGUUGGACAUGGCAUAAGGAGGCACUUGUCAUCUGAUUACAAUGUAACUUUUGCAUGCAUGCCCUCAAUAGCAUAUGCUUGAAGCAUGCAUGUAUUGAAAAUACUAGGGAUUUGUUAGAUUUUGCUUCUCCUAGUAUCAUUCCUGCACCACACUCCAUUAUUUACAAUUUAAUCAAAUUCUUGUAUUAGGCACAUUUUGUCAUUAGAUUCUCGUUUCUUAUUGAUCAAAUUGUGAAAAAGGAUCUCAUAGACCCAAUAGUUGGACCAUUUAUUAUAAUAAACUAGUUGGUUUAACACUCAGCAUGAUGGCAUCAGAUGACAACCAGCUAGUAUUUUCUCAUAUGGUUUUGUAAUGCUCAACUACAGAAUUUCUUUGGAAUGAAUGGCCAA